GUCAUGAUUAAUAACUGUUUGUCUAAUGCAGGGUCGUGGUGGUCUGGAGCCAAUCCUGAAGCCUGAGGUGUGAGGUGAGUUUUACGAGCGAGGGCCCUGCAAUUUCGACAACCUCGAAAGGACUGCAGGGACUUAAAGCCAUGACCUUUGCAAAGAGGCCUGCGAGAGGAGCCCGUGCCCGUGCGCACUGGGGACGAGACACGCGGAGCCUUUGCUGAUCUGUACGGUCGACCCCUUGGCUGCUGCAGCUUCCUGUCCUGGCAGAGCGAGAGAGGCAGAAAGACAAAGUAAGGGCAAAAGAAAGUGCAGCGGCUACAAGCUCGAAGGUGGAAACAUCCGACUUAUAAAGGCCACCAUAUCUGUUCCGCCGUCGCUCUGCUGAGAAGUCCAGUUCCGACCCGAUUUGGAUGCAGGACGGCAGUAUUUUGGGUUGUGAAGAGCGAAAAUCAACGCACAAGUGAACAAAUGAGGAGAGCGCUGUUCUUCUUCUCCAUCAGCCUGACAGUCAUGGCAUGCAAAGGUGUUCAACUGACAUGUCCAGGACAUUCCCCGGUGUCAUGGGAUGGAAAAUAUAUACCGGAAGAAGUAAAAAGUGAAUCAAUCAUAUUAGAGGAUUUUGAAGGACUGGUUCGCUGUAGUUAUGACAAAAACCAAACAUAUUAUUUUUAUAUUAAUGACAAAGCCUGGGCAGCGUGUAAGAACUGCGUCAAGCUCGACGGGGCUUCGGUGGUUAUCGUUAUAGCGGGGGACCUGCUGCUGACUGCCGGAGUUAUGCUCGUCGCCUGCAUCUGUGGCCGGAGAAAGCUGAGAGUUCCCGCUGUACCCCCCGCCCAGCCAAGACCCCAGGGACCCACAACCUCCAGCUGUGAAUAUGAGGCUUUAAGCCCUACAACCAGAGACAAUGCCCUCUACAGUGUUUCCGGGCUGCACAGAACUGGCUGAUCCGUUGGAUUCCUUUGCUUCCCGUAGAAACAUCCCGUGGAAAGGCUUUGCGUGUCAGUUUUAUUCCAGCAGCAGCGCCAGUCCGACCAGUAUCUCUGGAACAAUUCUAGCACUUGUGUGUCUUUUUUUUUAAAUA